AUACCAAAGCAAUCCAAAGAAAAGGGACAAGAAGAAAGCAAAUCUUUGCGACGUGUUGUUCGUUUGCAGUGCGUGAGUUUAUCUUAAAAAAUCGACUGCACAAUGCAAGGACCCGCUGUUUUUAUCGAUGCUGAUUUCGACGAUCAGGCGCAGGAGCUGCGACAGUUUUUGAAGCAGCUGGGUGCCGAAAUUAGUGAAGAAAAGUCCACCAAGGGUAUCGAGGAUGAUCUGCACAAGAUUAUCGGUGUGUGCGAUGUUUGCUUGAAGGAUAGCACACACUCGCCGGAAGAAAUCGAUGCCGUGCUGAACAGUAUCGUUUCCAUCAUCGUGUCCAUUCCGUUGGAGCGAGGCGAAAACCUGAUUCUGUCGUUCUGCGACAAGAUGACGAAAGCGAAGGAACCCAGCCUUGCUCGGGUCUGCCUGCAGUCCUUGUGGCGGUUGUUCAGCAACCUAGAGGUGACUUCUCCCCUCCGGUACCAUGUCUACUAUCAUCUGGUUCAGGUCGCAAAGCAGGUGAACCAAGUGAAGGAAGUAUUCACUGGAGUGGAUCAGCUGAAGGCUCAAUUCGCUCAGUGUCCACCAUCAAAUGAGCAAAUGCAAAAGCUGUACCGUUUGCUGCACGAUGUGUUGAAGGAUACGAACAGCGAACUGGCAUCGAAAGUAAUGAUCGAGCUGCUUGGAACGUACACUGUCGAGAAUGCAUCGUACGCUCGCGAGGAUGCAAUGAAGUGCAUCGUAACGGCGCUGGCCGAUCCCAACACCUUCCUACUCGACCCGCUACUCUCUCUGAAGCCGGUUCGGUUUCUGGAGGGAGAGCUCAUCCAUGAUCUGCUCUCGGUGUUUGUUUCAGAAAAGUUGCCAAGCUACUUGAAGUUUUACAAGGACCACAAGGAGUUUGUGAAUUCGCAAGGUCUGAAUCAUGAACAGAACAUCAAGAAAAUGCGCUUGCUGUCAUUCAUGCAACUGGCCGAGCGCAAUUCCGAAAUGUCCUUCCAACAGUUGCAGGACGAGCUGCAGAUUAAGGAGGAGGAAGUGGAACCGUUCAUUAUCGAAGUCCUGAAGACGAAGCUUGUCCGUGCGCGGAUGGAUCAGCGGGCCCGCAAGGUUCACAUUUCCAGCACAAUGCACCGAACGUUCGGACGUCCCCAGUGGCAACAGCUGCACGAUCUGUUGCUUUCGUGGAAAACUAAUCUUACACUCGUACAGGAAAACAUCAAUUCGGUAGCUGCCGCCCAGGUGCAACUGUCCCAGCGUCAGUGAUUGUGUACGCGUGUGUCCCGUAAAGCGAUUAAACCAGUUGCGCGAUAUAACGUGUUUGUGUGUGGAUUCAGCUAGACCAUAAACUCAGUAGAGACAUAAAUUCCGAAUCGUAUUAAGAAAGCAUAAGGUGUAACGUGUGUGGGUGGAGAAGGAUCAUAACAAUUACGAGCAGACGUCGCGUGUGAAACUAUCAGCGGAAAAUACCAGUUAGAAGAUUAUCAUAUCUUCUAACCAGGACCCUGAGGGAAGUGAUCAACGCUCAUCAUCGUUUUCGUUCAUACAGUUCGUACUUCCAUCAUAGCAAAAGAGAGUUUGUCGUUUGGCGUCGCCGAACAACAACCGCCGAUUAAAUAAACUCUUGUACAAUAUGAACGAGAAUAA